CCCGUUUUGUGUGGAAAAUACAUUUUGAAUAUUGUUCAGUGUCAAGGUUGCUAUUCCCUCCAUAUGAAUGACUUUUUGGUUGAAGAUAUAUACAUUUAAAAAAAUUUAUCCUCUGAGGGAACAAUAGGUACAUCACUGAUCCGAACACUAGAUCUGUUCUUUUUAACUGAACUUCUGCACCAGUUCAUCUUUCUUCUUCUUCUUUCCUCCUGAAGAGAAAAGGAAGAAAGUCGAACUGGUGUAAAAGUUCAGUUAAAAAGAACAGGCCUGUGUCAACACUACAUGACGAACAUGCGCGAGAUAACGCAACGUGAGCGAAAUGAUGCGGGAAAAUAUAGAUUCCGAAGCUUUUUACCAAAAGUACACGUUAUCAGAAGAAACCAUGGCGAAACUCGAAUCUAUCAGAGAAGCGUUAAAAGAUAACAUCGUUCAGGCUAAUCCGAUGUGGAAACUCAUAGCAGAGCAGAAUGAAGAAGAAAUAUGUUCAGAGAAUGAAGAUAGCGACGAUAAGGAUGAACCGAUGGAUAAUAACGAAUCUCAAACGAACUGCGAUCAAUCAGUACCACCACCGUCUACUCAAUUUUACUUUACACAAACUGAGAGAAUUAUAGAAUCGAAGAGAUCUGUUGCUGCAGUGCCACAAAGGUGUGAUAUUUUAGAAUGUGCUUGCGAGAAUUUAGAACGAAAUAAUGGCAAGCUAGACUUCUCCCAAUUAGAGAACUUAUCUGAUGAAGAUCUUGUUCCAUUGGUGGACGAGAUGGCAAGAAAAUUAAGUCCUAAGGGUAUCUAUAAUCUGUGUCUGUCGAUGAAUAAUAUGACUGUUGAGCAGAGAAUAAAAUAUCUCAAUAUAUUUUGCACACAUUUGUUGUUACCAAAGAUAGUCGAACUGGAGGAACCAUCUCGUUUAUUAUCAUCUGCUAUCGUUGAAUGUAUUAAAAUGUUUCCCGAUGAGGUUCAGCAACUUAUAUUUGUUCCGAUUCUCAACGUUGAGUUGAAAGAUAUAACAUUGAUCACCACCAUUGUGAAUGCGUUUGAUCAAAGGAAAAUUCUUUUAGGAGAAUUUCUUGCAUGUGUGGAGGAAUUAAAGUUAUGGCAUAUAUCUGUGUUGCAAAGUUUGUUAUCUAUAAGACUGGACCACAACAUGAUUGAUAAAAUUAUCAAAUUAUUCUUGGAAAAAGCACUUUGUUAUUCCAAAGAUAAAAACUUCGGAAAGCUUAUACUGUCAUUUUUAAAAAUGAAUACAACAAUAACUGAAGAACAGAAAAAUGUAGUGGCUGAAAUCGCUGCUGUUAAUGAAACAUUAUUCAAAAAACCUAUAGAAAAUAUUUUAAAGAACAUGUAAGCGCUAAUUACAUGUGUAAAGACGCAUCUAUAAUGUCUAUCUAAUUUUCCUCGA